GUUUCGCGCCAACUUUUGUCGGUCGGAACGGUCUCAAUCGACCAUUCGAACGCGGUGCGAUCGUACGUUGUGACGCUUCAUGCGUCGGUGAUUCGUCCCUAAUGUCAUCAAAGAGCGUUCUUUGAUGAUGGGAAUCUCGAACCCACCUCCCGUUCCGUGCCCUUCGGAUUCUUAUGCGUACCUGCUCCAGGCCAGCCUCAAGAACAAGGAUCCGUUCGCCGCGAGAUCGGUCCAUGCUCAGAUCAUCAAGUCGGGUCUGCAUUUCGGGUUGUUCCUGAUGAAUAACCUCAUGAAUUUCUACGCGAAAUCUGAGUUUCGGGACGAUGCGCGUCGCGUGUUCGAUGAAAUGCCUGAGAAGAACACGUCUUCUUGGAACACGAUCCUCUCCAUGUACGCGAAGCAGGGUUUUGUAGAUGCGGCGCAUCGCUUGUUCAGGGAGAUUCCUGAGCGGGACUCUGUUUCUUGGACCGCGAUGAUUGUGGGAUAUAAUCGGGCUUGUCGUUUUGGAGAUGCAGUUCAAUUGUUUGUAGAUAUGUUGCCAGAGAGAGUUUUGCCUACCCAGUAUACUUUGACUAAUGUCCUUGCAUCUUGCGCAGCUGUUAAAGCUUUGAGUGUAGGUAGGAAGAUACAUUCUUCAGUUGUUAAACUUGGGUUGAGUAGCUCUGUUUCCGUGGCGAAUUCUCUCCUUAACAUGUAUGCAAAGUCAGGUGAUAAAAUGACAGCCAAGAUGGUAUUUGAUAGAAUAAAGCUGAAGAACACAUCAAGUUGGAAUGUGAUGCUUUCGAUGCAUAUGCUUUCUGGCCAUCUUGACCUUGCUCUUGCCCAGUUUGAUAGGAUGGACGAAAGAGAUAUUGUCUCUUGGAAUUCAAUGAUUGCAGGCUUCAACCAGCAUGGGCAUGAUGCUGAAGCACUGGAUAUUUUCUCUAGGAUGCUUGAAGAUCGUUCUCUGAAGCCUGAUAAAUUUAGUUUGGCGAGUGUUUUGUCUGCUUGUGCUAAUCUUGAAAAGUUAAGGCUUGGAAAAGAAAUUCAUGCUUACAUGGUGAAAAGUGUGUUUGAUAUGUCAAACGCAGUUGAAAAUGCUUUGAUCUCGAUGUAUGCAAAGUCUGGUGAGGUUGAAAUGGCAAGACGAAUUGUUGAAAAAUCUGGGACUUCAAAUCUGGAUAUGAUAGCUUUUACAGCAUUGUUGGACGGGUAUGUUAAGCUUGGAGAUAUAAAUCCUGCCAGACAGAUAUUUGACUUACUGAUGGAGCGGGAUGUGGUUGCAUGGACAGCUAUGAUUGUAGGUUAUGUGCAGAACGGGCUGAAUGAUGACUCGAUAGAUAUUUUCAAACGAAUGCUUGGAGAAGGCCCCCGACCUAACAGCUAUACUUUAGCAGUUAUGUUGAGUGUAAGUGCAAGUCUGGCUUCUUUAAAUUAUGGGAAACAGAUCCAUGCUAAUGCCAUAAGAAUGCGUGAAUCAUCUUCUGUAUCUGUGAGUAACGCUCUGAUAAACAUGUAUGCAAAAUCUGGAACCAUCAAUGAUGCAAGAAAAGUAUUUGGGUUGGUACAUGACAACAAGGACACAGUCUCUUGGACUUCCAUGGUUAUUGCUUUGGCUCAACAUGGUCUUGGAGAAGAUGCCCUAGAACUGUUUGAGAAGAUGCUCGCAUUAGGGAUAAAACCAGACCAUAUAACUUAUGUUGGCGUUUUAUCUGCCUGUACGCAUAUUGGAUUGGUUGAAAAAGGACACCGAUAUUAUGACAGGAUGCGACAUACGGACAAAAUUGAACCCACCCAGAGUCAUUAUGCCUGCAUGAUUGACCUAUAUGCGCGUGCUGGAUUGCUACACGAGGCCCAAAGGUUUAUUGAGAACAUGCCUAUUGAACCAGAUGUUAUCGCUUGGGGUUCACUUCUGGCUUCAUGUAGAGUGUAUAAAAAUGUGGAACUUGCAAAGUUUGCCUCGGAAAAGCUGCUUAUCAUUGAUCCGGAUAACAGUGGUGCAUACUCAGCCUUGGCAAACUUGUAUAUGGUCUGUGGAAAAUGGGAGGAUGCCGCUAAAGUUAGGAAGUCCAUGAAGGACAGAGGAGUUAAAAAGGAACAAGGAACUAGUUGGGUUCAAAUAAGGAAUGAGGUUCAUGCCUUUGGUGUCGAAGAUGGGCUUCACCCCCAGAAAGAUGCAAUCUACAAGACCAUUGACAAGAUCUGGAAGGAGAUAAAGAAGAUGGGUUUUGUUCCAGACACUGAGUCAGUAAUGCAUGACCUUGAGGAAGAGGUGAAGGAGCAGAUUCUCAGACAUCACAGCGAGAAACUUGCAAUUGCCUUUGGGUUACUCAACACUCCAGAGAACACUACAUUGAGGAUCAUGAAGAACCUAAGGGUCUGUAAUGAUUGCCACUCAGCCAUUAAGUAUAUAGCUAAGCUAGUUGGCAGAGAAAUUGUUGUGAGAGACUCUACUCGUUUCCACCAUUUCCGGGAUGGUACAUGUUCUUGUCGGGACUAUUGGUAGAAGGAGACUGUCGGUAAGAGUUCUGAUGUAAAAGGACUUGUGUUAAAUAUCUGGAUGAUCUUGAAAGAUGUUAAGCAGGUCUGUGGCUGAUGAGUAAUUCUAUCAUGCUGUAAAACCCUGCUUCUACCAUGUGUUGCCAUAUAAGGUGGGGGGAACAGAGGAGGCAGUCUGAUUUGUGCUGAUGCGGAAACUGCAUCAAGGACAUUUUUGGACGGAGAACAAUUUUGGCAGGUGUCUGUUUACUUGUGUGGAGUCAGAAUUAUAUACUGAGACGGUAUAAAUGACAUUAUGCUGUGCUGGUUUUUCCGACAAAUUGUUGGGGAACGGAUCUUGAUGUGCAAGUGAACUGCGCUUGACAUUAAUUGGUUUCGUGGAAAUUGUUAUAUCUAUUGCCUUUUGCUAAAACACUGCUGGCACUUCCAAGUGCCGUGGUAGUAAGUUUUCAGCUCUUCUGAUUAUGACAAGAUUCAUUUCAGUGCCCAUCAAGUUGUAGAAGAAGGAAAUUAAAGGGAAAGGAGAAUAAGAACAAGGCAUCUGAAUAUAAGCACAGAUUCUAUACAGUUGCGCACAUGGCUGCGCAACUUUCCUACUCAUUUUAUGGUGCCAAAUUUUAUAAUGGUCUUGUUCCUGGGAGUUUCAAAACCCAGCUGAAUGAUGCGCGGAGGUCUACCUUUUGUUUAGCUGAAUGGGCUUAACAGCUUAAUGCAGAUUGUAAAUUAAAGUCAAAUUGCUGAGUUCAUGAGGGUUUCUAAUGCAACUCUCAGCAACCUGUCCAAUUUUAAUCCUCAGUCUCCCCCUAAAACGUUGAUUAAUGCGGGGGAGAGAUCGUAGAUGAAAAGUGUUUUUCAAGAAAAUUUGUUUAUAAAGUACAAUUAUUGUGACAUGUUUACAGCUGUUGGUGUGAGGAGGCAAAGUAGGACCAAAGAAAGGUAUGUACAAAAAUUUUGGUAAGUGCUAAGGGGUCAUCAACAACCAUUGGCAAGGGACCCGCCACCCAUGCCUGUUGGGGGCGAGUGGCGACCUAGGACGACUGGUGGCAUCAACAUCUGUGUGUCGCUUACAGAUUAUAAGUCAUCAAUCUUAAGAAACAAGAGUUGUUCAAUUGAUGGGUGGAACUCGAUCUCCAUCAUUGAAUCAUGAGAUAAGGAUUGGUAUUCACCAAAGAUGUAUCUCUACAUCGAAUUAGUUAAGAUGAGAAUGAAUUUCUCUACCGUUAAAUCGUCAAAUGAGAGAAAAUCUCCAUUGUUACGGUUAUAAUUAGAAGAACUCUUGUACAUGUAGGAACCCUCAUCUCAUUUGUGUCAUCCUACAUUUGAGCAAUUA